GAUUCAGGCUGAGUUGUCUUGAUGAUUAGAAUUCAGGCUCCGAGGAGAAGCUCUGAGGCCAAGGUUAUCGAGUACAACGGAAAAUUUGGAGCCACAUCUGACCUCUGGAGAAUGUGGACCAGAUAUAUGAUCUUAAUCCUCUCUUAUCUUAUCACAGAAAUUUGGAUGGAGAGACAGCAUUUAUCUCAAAGAGACGUGGACCCAGGAGCUGGUCUCACUAGGAAUCACACCCUCCUGGAAGGCACUCGAUUCAAAAGAGUUGUUUUUGAAGGGCAGUACUGUAGAAACUUUGGUUGUUGUGAAGCCAGGGAUGAUGACUGUGUCACUCAGUUCUACGAGGCGAAGGCGCUGUGUUACUGUGACACAUUCUGUGAAAGGGAAAAUUCUGAUUGCUGUCCUGAUUACAAGUCAUUUUGCCGUGAAGAAAAAGAAUGGCCUCUUCACAUAAAGCCUUGGUAUCCAGAAGGUUGCCACAGAGAUGGGCAACAUUAUGAAGAAGGAUCAGUAAUUAAAGAAAACUGCAAUUCCUGCACAUGCUCAGGACGGCAGUGGAAGUGUUCCCAGCGUGUAUGCCUUGUUCAACCAGGACUAAUUGAACAUAUCAAUAAAGGAGACUAUGGAUGGACAGCCCAGAACUACAGCCAGUUCUGGGGAAUGACCUUAGAAGAGGGUUUCAGACACCGCCUUGGCACUCUGCCUCCGAGCCCCGUGCUUCUGAGUAUGCACGAAGUGACAGCUUCUUUACCCGCGACAACUGAUCUUCCAGAGUUUUUUGUUGCUUCUUACAAAUGGCCAGGAUGGACCCACGGCCCGUUGGAUCAGAAAAACUGUGCUGCAUCUUGGGCGUUUUCUACUGCAAGCGUGGCAGCGGACCGAAUAGCGAUUCAGUCCAAAGGUCAAUAUACAGCCAACUUGUCCCCUCAGAACCUGAUCUCUUGCUGUGCCAAGAAGCGACACGGAUGCAGCAGUGGAGGCAUCGACCGAGCUUGGUGGUACCUGAGAAAACGUGGACUGGUGUCCCACGCAUGCUAUCCACUCUUCAAGGACCAAAAUGCUACCAAUAACGGCUGCGCCAUGGCAAGUAGGUCUGAUGGGCGGGGCAAACGGCAUGCCACAAAGCCAUGUCCCAACAGCAUCGAGAAAUCCAACAGGAUCUACCAGUGCUCUCCUCCCUACAGAGUCUCUUCCGAAGAAACUGAGAUAAUGAAAGAAAUCAUACAGAAUGGACCGGUUCAAGCCAUAAUGCAAGUCCAUGAAGAUUUCUUCAAUUAUAAGACAGGGAUAUAUAGACAUGUUACCAGCCCAAGUGGAGAGUCAGAAAAAUAUCAGAAGCUUCGGACACAUGCAGUCAAACUCACUGGGUGGGGUACACUGAGAGGAGCAUCAGGGCGGAAAGAAAAAUUUUGGAUUGCUGCCAAUUCCUGGGGAAAGUCGUGGGGCGAGAACGGCUAUUUCCGGAUUCUUCGAGGAGCAAAUGAGUCUGACAUUGAAAAGUUGAUUAUCGCAGCUUGGGGCCAAGUGACAGGUGCAGACGAACCAUGACAUAUCAUCCCGUUUCCAGAAGGCUGUGCAGUCAAGGAACCCUGUCCCUUGAAAUUAAGCGAUGUGAGGUUCUCUGUGACAUUGCCCUCUCACCUUGUUGUUACAACGGACUUGUUUUUCUGGUUUCACCCCGGGCCCUAAAUUCCUGCUUCCUUUAUGUUACUGAGUCUGGAAAAACAUUCACAGAGGACAGCCCAGGGGCUAAAUAACUUUUAAGCACUCUAGUAAUCUUGAUUUCUCUCUCAUGACAAUGUUCUUUUUGACUUUGAUGAUUCACAAACAGCGGGAUGGCGCUUGUUUUAAACGUUCAUAGCGUUUGUUUGUAGCAAUCAUCUGGUUUCUCUCUUGAGGACUUCAGACAACAAAAAGCCAUGAAAACACCAAUUUACCAUCUUUACGAUUUUUUUUUCAACCGAAUCAUGCUUUCUGAAUUCAGACCUUGCUUAUUAUGUUUUGCCAAAAAGCAGUGGAAAUAGAUUGUGUCUCUCAAUAGCCAACAUCUGGGUUCUUUUCAUUUGCCUAAACUGAACUCGCAAUCUGAACUCAGAAUAACUGUGACUCUGACAGGAAAUAACUUCUCUUUACAGUACUGGGUAAGGACUUGUGAUGUGGAGAAGAAGUGAGUGAUGGAAAAGCUUAGAGGCUGACAAUGGAAGUACAGUCUUGAUAAACAUACACUCCUAUUUUUGGAAGCCAGUACACUUUGUGUAAUGUCUAUUAAAAUGAGCUGCAGAACGAUAUUUGGAAAGAUAACGUACUUACCCUCCCAAACAACAACGUGAUACCAUGAGUCAGAAAGAAUAAAUUUACUUUUAUCACAACCAUUUCACAGUUCACUGCUUGAGAUUCUGAAAAGUAAGCUACAUUGGCACCCAUUUGCAUCUAAUUUUAAUUUUAGUUCUCUAUUGUCGGAGAAACAAAAGUAGUAUCAUUGUGAUGGUUGGGAAAGGAUAUAAUCUUUUAAUAAUCCACUGGCAUCUGAAAUGGCAAACUAAUAAAUGAAGAAGCAAAGCUGA